AUGGGUCGGUUCGGAGGCCGAGGAGGCCGCGGCGGGGGUCGCGGCGGUCGAGGAGGCCGCGGCGGCGGCGGUCGAGGAGGUCGCGGCGUCCCGUUCAAGCCCGGCCCCAAGCUCGGCCGCGCCGUCGAGGAUGAACUCGCCGCGAGGGACGAGGACGACGACGCGGACGAUCGCCGCAGCGGCUGGGACGAGAUGGGCGGAGCGCCGAGGCGAAAGAAGUCGGUGCUAGACCGCAAGACGAUGCGCAAGCGGGCCAAGGAGGACAAGGCGGCGCAGCGUCGGGCGUGGGCCACGAGGCAUCAGAAGAAGGAACCGGGACCCGGCGAUGGGAGCGGCGGCGGCGGCGGCGGAGACGCAUCGGGCGGAGACGCGGGCAAGAGAGGCGCGUCGAAGAAGCGACGCGGCGGCGGCGCCGACGAGGAAGAGGACGACCCGCGAUACGUCAAAGAGCGCGGCGGUGGGGCCAAAAGACGCCGGCGCGACGACGACGACGACGACGAUGACGACGACGCGCGAAAGGGACGCGCGAGCGAGAAGAAGAAUCCGAACAAGCCCGUGACGCUCACCGCCGAGCAGCGCAUGGGCCGCUCCGCGUACGAGGCCUACAAGCGCGACGAGGCCGAGCAGCGACGUUUGAUGAAGAAACUCAAGGGAAGGAAGGGUCAGGAGGACGACGGCAUGGGGUUCUUCUUCGACUCACUCCCGGGCAUGGAGAUACUCGAGCGUGGGGACGAGGACCGGGCAAGAAAGGAGUCGCUCUCCGCCGAGACCAAGAAGGCGGCCGCAUCCUUCGGCGACAAGCUGGCGAAGCUUCGAAGGCGCGACGCCAUGGAAAGCGACGACGACGACGACGACGAUGACGACAUAGACGGACUGGACGACGACGACGAUGACGGAUCGGACGACGACGCGGCUGCCGAGCCCCGGGGGCGGAGCGAGAAAAACACAGCUGGCGACGGAGGCGUCGUGAACUUUGACGAACUCGACGACGCGCUGGAGGCGGCCUUCGCAGACGACAGCGACGAGGACGACGACGAUGAGGAGGAUGACGACGACGCCCACGACGAUGCCGACGAGGACGACGACGAGGACGACGAAGGCGAGGAGGAGGAAGCCGAGGAGGAGGAAGCCGAGCCCAAAGCCGCCCCGAUAAGUACGCCCUCCGGUAAGUACGUCCCCCCCGCGCAGCGCGCCGCCGCCGCCGCCGCCGCCGCCAGGGCGGGCGGCAAAUCCGAAUCCGAGGCAAAGGCGGCGGCGGCGCUGGAAGACGCGACUCGGCAGGUCAGGGGCCUCAUGAACCGCAUGGGCGAGUCCAACGUGGCAAACAUCGCUCGCGAAAUCGCGGGCAUCGCGCGCGACGUCCCCAGGCGCGCCGUCGGCGACGCGUGCACCGCGGAGAUACUCAAGGCGCUCGUCGACGGCCCGAGGGCGUCGGAGCAGUACGCCGCCGCGCUCGCCGCGUUCGUCGCCGGCGUGAGCGGUGAGCUCGGCCCGGAGCUCGCGGCUCGGUUCGGGCGAGAGACGCUCAAAGCGCUCGACAUCGCUCGCCAAGCCGGCAACGCCAAGGCGGCGUCCAACCUCUGCGCCGUGUUCGCGCGCCUGCACACGUGCGGGCUGUACCCCGGUCGCGUCGUCUACGGGCUGCUGACGCGGUUGGUGGAAACGCUGGACGAGCUCGACGCCGCGCUGAUGCUGUCGCUGCUUCGCUGCGCGGGUCCGAGGUUGAGAUCGGAGGACCCGGCGGGGAUGCGGGAUUUCAUCGCGAGCCUCCAGACGCGCGUCGCGGAGCUCCGGGAGAAGAACAAAGAAGGCGACGACGGGGUUCGAUCCGGCGACCAAGGAGGCCAAGGCGGCGGGCUCACGAAACGUGCCAGGCUCAUGCUCGACAUGGUGGUGGACCUCAAGAACAAUAAACGCGUCGCGGGCGCGGGCGCCGGGGGCGCGGGCGGCUCCGAGGGCGGCGAUCAGUGGGGCUUCCCCGCGGCGCUCGCCAAGUGGCUCCGCGCGUCGCACGCCGUCGGCGACGCCGCGGUGGCGCUGAGGGCGCUGACGCACGAGCGGUUGGUGGACGAGGGUGCGUGGAAUCGCGGUCAGUGGUGGCUUCCGGAUGCGACGGGAACGGAGGCGUGGUUCGCCGCGAGAGCCGCGCAGGACAGGUCGGAUUCCGCGGCUAGGAACGCGGCGGCUUCCACGCACGACGAGGGCGCCGAGCUCCUCGCGAAGGCUAAGGGUUUGCGGAUGAACACCGAGGCGAGACGUGCCAUCUUCUGCGUCAUCAUGGGCGCCGAGGAUUUCGCGGAUGCGCUCGACAGGCUGCUCGGUUUGCCCCUCGCGGAUAAGCAAGAACGCGAGAUUCCCCGGGUGCUCAUAGAGUGCUGUCUGCAAGAGAAGGCGUACAACCCGUACUACGAGACGCUCGCGACGAGGCUGUGCGAGCGCGUGAAGAGUCACCGGCUCACCUUACAGCUGUGCGUGUGGGAUCAGAUUCGGGAGAUCGCGCCGACGCGUCGCAACCUCGACGGCUUCGAUCGGGACUACACGGCUGGCGGCGCCGACUCGUCAAAACCCAAGGUUUCCGUUCGUCGAAUCGCCAACCUGGCGCGGUUCACCGCGGGUCUGCUCGUCUCCGGCGCGCUCGCCCCGACCGCGCUCAAGGUGAUCGAUUUCGGCGGAGGCCUCGACAGCGACGAACGCGCGCGGCUCCACCACCGGCUGCUGCUUCAGGCGCUGCUCUCGUUUCCCGUCGCCAAGCGAGGCGAGGUGCACACCGUGUUUCAGGGCAUCGCGCGGGGCGGGUCCGGACGGGCGUCGCGCGGGGAGAUGGGCGCGCUGCGCGCCAGUUUGGGUCAGGCGCUCGGCUCGGUAGAGCUCCUGGAGGGGCUUCCGAAGGGCGACGGGGCUGUUCCCGGGACGGUCAAGUACGUGAAGAAAGCGGCGAGGGAGGCUUCAAAUAUCCUGCAGGGCAUGCUGGCGUAA